AUGGCGAGCAGCUCAGAAGCGGAUCCACAAGAAUGUGAAGCAGCUCUGAAACUGGCUUCCGAUUGCUCCUCCGAUGAUGAUGAGGUCUUGCUUGAGCCACGUUUCAAAUAUGAACGCGUUGAAGGUCGAGACGCCAAACAGAUGAUCUCUUCUCAAGUGUUAACAUCAAUCGCUGCACAUGCAAAGCUGAUUGCUGUGGGUACGCAGAUGGGCUACGUGUGGAUAAUGGAUCACUUUGGCCAUGUUGAUAACCAGAAUGUACCGGUAAUGCGACCACAUCGAAGUGCGGUUACUAGGUUGGCAAUAGAUGAACCAGGAAACUAUGUAAUGAGCUGCGCAAAUGACGGACGAGUAGCCAUUUCUGGUAUUGGAUGCAACAAUCUGAACCAUGUUGUGAAUUUGUCCGUAAUGCCUCGUUCGAUUGCGAUAAACCCGUUUUUCUCCUUACCAACUUCAACGCCAAUGUUCGCCAUCGGGGAACGGAACUUCAUUUUUUACGAGAAGAAGUUUUUCAAUUACAAAGAGCAGACCAUCUUUCGUGGCGGAGAACAAGAUGGUUUUAUCACUCAGUGCUCUUGGCGGCAAUCUUUCAUAGCAUUUACAUGUGAUAAAGGAACGAGAGUUUUUGACAGGUUAGCAUUUCGACUAAUUUCACUCAUACCUCCUUCACAUGAUGUGGACCGUAUGCGUUCAUCUCGAUUCCCUCCAUCGCAUUGUUGGCUCAGCGACAGCCAGAUUGUGAUUGCUUGGGCUGAUACGGUCACUAUCGUUAUGCUAGUGACCACAGAAGCAUCGUCGGUUAGGCAAGCGGAAAUUCAUUUCACAUGGCACAUCGACAUGCUGUGUUCGGGAAUCUCUUACUUAUCUGACUCUACAGGUGUUUGGAAAGAAAUCGUGGUGUAUGGAGUGAAGACCGAAUAUACAAAUGACGACGCGCAGUCAUUUUUUGCGUCUGUGGAUGAUGAGGACUACACUGAGUCCCAAAAUGGUCAGCCCUCUUUAGUUCAGCUCUGCUUACUAGCUCCUGAGACGUACUCGACUUAUCGCCUGUUGGCUGAAGACCGUUUGAGCUUUUCAUCAAAAACCUUCUCCCAUCCAUGUCAGGUUUCUAUGGCUGGUGUGCCGGCAAUCGAGUCAUACUUCCUUAUAAGUCCUUCUGAUUUGGUUAUGGCUACUCCGUAUUGUGCAGAGGACACGUUAAGAUGGAGGAUCGAAAAUAACUUCUUCGAGGAAGCCUGGGAAUUUGCCCGUGAAAGAAAUUCAGAACUUGAAGAAAGCAAAUGGGAUAGCUGCACAGUGGGGCGUAUUAUGAUUGAACAUCUACUCGCUUCUGGAAAGCCUCGUCUAGCUGCUGCGAGGAUCACCGAGGUUCAUUUUCUCCUCACCAUAUGUAUAUUUAGCACGCUAAAUAAUCGUAAAAGAUUUUGCAUGUAUUCAGUUCCACCCACUGAUAAGAGUUGA